AGGCACCGCUACGGCCGCACGCAGACACUGACAACACAGAGAGAGAGAGAGCGAGGGAGUGAGAGAGAGAGACACACACACGGACGCUUCAUCCUCCCACCCCCCGCUAUCACCACUCCCCCCCUUACCCCACCACGUUGACCCGCCGCUUCACUCAGUCUGGAGGAGGACUCCCGGCCAGAAUCAUGACUCGGGCAUCGCUGUCCAAAAAUUACAACGGCAGUCGGGCAGCAGCAGCAGCAGCAGUUGUGGGCACUGUGGUGCCGUUCCACGGUGUUGUGAGAGCUUCGGCGGGGAUAGAGACACAUUUAUAGGGAGCUCUCUCGCACGAAAGCUGUUAUUUUUUUUUACAUUUCCAUUUGUUUCUGUGUUUUUUUUUCACUUUGGUGUGCUGCGUUCUGCACCGUGAAGAGCGGAGCGAGCGCUCGGCUGACUAUGGGGACCUCUGUGUCCAAGAGAAGACAAAUGCGAGCAGAAGCUAUUUCCUCAGCGGCAAUUAAAUUCAGGGCAGUGAAGUCUUUUGGGGACUACGUUCAGCUCGGUCACAUGCAGGGCCACGAAAGAGGAGGCACAGAACGGUGCUUGUCGGAGCCCGGCGUGGAAGCAUCGGCGGCGGCGGCGGUGGUGGUGGUGGUGUCGGCGUCAGCCGCGACGACGCCCUCCCCGUGCCUACAGCCCCCCUCGCUGCUCCAGCAGAAGCGUCGCCUCUCGCUGAGCCGCAGCUUCUCGGACGAGGCGGCGGAGCGUACCCCCGCGACGCCGGCUCCCUCCCCCUCCGUCCCCUCCAUCCCCUCCUCGUCUCCGUCUGCCGUUCCCGCGCCUCCACCUCCUCCUCCUCCUCCUCCGCCCGACCCGGGGCUGCUGCAGCCCCCCAAGGUGUACACCAUCCUCGGCGACGAGCGCGACUACGGGCCCCCGUCCCCGCCGCCGCCGCCCUCCCGCUCCGCGUCCGCCCGGACCUCUCCGGCCGCCGGCUGCAGCCACGGCGGCGGAGGCCACAGCAAGGAGAACAAGGGCAGGCGCCACCUGCGCUGGCUUCACGCCAUCUCCCGGGGAUCGCACUUCAGCGGCAGCGGCGGCAGCAGCAGCAGCGCCGGGAGCAGCCGGGAUGGUGGUGGCGGCGGCUCCAGCGUGAGGGAGCGCGACUCCCUGGAGUGUCCGGCUUGCGAGAGCCUCGGCGUCUUCAAGCAUUCCUUCGACCUGGAGCAGGAGAAGGCCGAGCAGGAGGCGCUGAACAGCAAGAAGAAGCUGGAGCGGAUGUACAGCAUGGAUCGCAUCUCCGACGACAUCGAGUGCCGGAGCUGGUUCCCCAGCGAGAGCAUGCACAUGCUGCACAGCACCGCGUCGACGCUGCAGGCUGCCUUCCGUGGAUACGCGGAGCGGAAGAGACGCAAGCGGGAACUGGAUCCUUCAGCGAUGGUGCAGAGGAACUUCCACAAACAUCUGCGGAUGGUGGGACGGCACCGCGGGAGGGCUGCAGUGUCCCUCGACCGUCAGGAAAGCAGAGAGUGCGGCCGGGCCCUGCCUCUGAGCGACGUGUCGCAGUCCAAGUCCGACCCAGUCCUCGAUGCUCGAUUCAGUCACGACAUGCAGAGCACCUACGAGAGACUGCAUAGGGAGCCCAACAGCGCCCGCUGGGAGGAGGAGAGGGAGAUCGAGCUGGAAUCUUGCAGCCGAACGGACUUUAUCCCGCCUAAAGUUAUGCUGAUUUCAUCAAAGGUCCCAAAGGCCGAGUACAUCCCCAACAUCAUCCGCAAAGAUGAUCCGUCCAUCAUCGCUAUCCUCUACGACCAUGAGCAUGCAACCUUUUCUGACAUUUUAGAUGAGAUAGAGAAGAAGCUGAAUGAAUAUCGAAGAGGCUGCAAAAUCUGGAAGCUUCUGAUUUACUGCCAGGGAGGGCCCGGAUACUUGUAUCUGUUGAAGAAUAAGGUGGCAACAUUCGCCAAGCUGGAGAAAGAAGAUGAUUUAAUUAUGUUCUGGAAGUGCCUCGGAAGCUUGAUGAGCAAGAUCAACACCGAGCUCAACGUCGUCCACAUUAUGGGAUGCUACGUGCUGGGCAAUCACAAUGGAGAGAAGCUGUUGGACAGCCUCAAGUCUAUAAUGGGGCCCUAUCGGGUGUCUUUUGAGUCACCACUGGAGUUGUCUGCUCAAGGCAAGAAGAUGAUAGAAACUUACUUUAGCUUUCGUCUUUAUAAGUUAUGGAAGGCUCGGCAGCAUUCCAAACUUGUGGAUGAUUUUGAUGAAAUCUUAUGAGUAAACGUCUGGUGUCGAAGUAAGAGAUGGAACCACUGAAGGGGUUUGAAGUUUGAAAAGGAGGGAAAAGGAGAGCGAUUUUGCUCUUUAUCCGUCCUCAAUGAAGGCAGUUUUGUGGUCAUGGCGGCUGCUGUAUGUGCUCUGAUGAAAUUCACACCCAGGCACAAGAGAAAGCCAAGCCUCGGGCCUACGUUUCUCUGCCUCAUGUCUCUUUUUAAGGUAAAAUGCACAUAGAAUGCCCCGGAGGCACGUGCAAUUUGUAUUGAACAUCAUUGCACCAAAGCAAUUGGCGGCUGGGAUUUUUAGCGUGAAAACAUUUAAGGAGCUUCCUCAGCCAUUUUUUUGUGCCACUCUGAGCGUCGGUCCCGAAAGUGGGGCUUUAAGGCCAAGAAGUAUAUUUGGAAGGUCGUUGUGCAAUCCAGCACACAGUUGGUGAGCAGUAGUUUGCUUUUGAUGGUUUUAAAGAUGAUGGCACUGCUUGACUUUCACGUGGCAUAUAAGGCAUGGUGUUGAAACGUGCUGUUUAAUGUACAUUUUGCUACACCGUUUUUAAAUACAUGUUACACUACACUUAAUACACUGUCACUAACACAGACAAAAACUGUUGUUGCUGCAGACGGAAACAUUUUAAUUUUGUGUCGCAUUUACAAAAAAAAUACAUUGGUAUUUUACGUACUGAAAAUACUUUAACGGAAAAUAAAGGAGUAUUUGUAUACCGCACAUUUUAGUAAAUGGAUAUUGUACAAAUACGGUUGUCUGUAAGAACUAAAAAAAAUCUAAGCCCCGUUACAGACGUCUUGCGCAAUUUAGAAUUUUCACUUUUCAAAAUUGUUGAUGUGCAUCUAAAAUGGCACCACCCCAAUGACAUAUCUCACGGCAAUAGUUCUGUUCUCUUGUAAAAAAAAAAACCUCUUAUGAAAUGGAUGUGCCUUUAUUUAGAUUAUUACUCUGGAAAAUAACUAUAUAUUACGCUUUAGCGAUAUUUACCAGCAAAACUAGGCAAGUUGUCCCCCUAGUUGAGCCGAUAAAACAGAUGCAAAUCAUUUUAUUGUUAUGUAUUGUUUCAUUCACCUGCAGUUGAUGUGCAACUCCGUUUAAACAUUUAAUAUCUUUAUAGACGUGCAUUGUAAACUAUAUUGCCUAUCGUUGUAAACACGUACACAUAGCUUAUAUAAGCUACGAUCCUCGAUCGCACUUGUCUCUCAUUAGACACAGACUAAGCAUAACAUAAUAUUGCUUGGCAUGGUUAUUUAUUGAGAUCACUUAACUGGCAGGCAAUAUUGAUAUACUGUAUCGUACACACUAUUCAGUCUGACUUCAUAAUGGAUCAAGUUAGUCAUUUAGCAAUUCUUAAUGUCAUUAAGUCUGCUGCUGAUGUAAUGCAGCAGGACAGUUUAUAUUGUUAUUUAAAUAUCAUCAGAAGUGUGUCAUUGUCAGGUUAACUUGUACGAGUCUCCUGAGAUUAAUGCCUGACCUUUUGUAAAAAAGUAUAUAACUUAGCGAGAUGAUUUUUGCCUUUGAAGGAGCCGUGAUAUAUAAUGAUCUAUUUUGUGCUUUAAUUGCCUACUCAAGUUUAUGACAGAGUGCUUUCUUGUAUACAAAUCCUCCGUAAUUUCACACUUUCUGUGGCCGCAUAUUUUUACGAUUGCUGGCAGAAGUCAUCAUGCGCAAGUUGUGUUAUAUAUUCUAUUGAAACAUGGUUAAUGAAAAGCACAAAAUACUAAUUAUGGUAAUAAAUACAGUACUAUAUAUACACCUGUACCUAUACCUGUUUUUCGUAAUUUUAUCCAUAUUAAGCAAGCUAGCAUUUCCAUGAUGCUUAUGAACGUAACACGGUUAUCGUUAAGUAAUACUUCAGAAUUUAGCGUUUUACUGCAUAGUCACGAAAAGUGUGUGUUAGGUGCUGAGCACAUAACAGCGUUGCUUUUUAAAGAAAUGCUGUCGUUAGGUCUGAAUAUGCGUUGUGGUUAUAGUUGGUUAACUUUGAGUGUAGCGUCAUAAAUUGGAAACCAUGUCUGCAAAGAGAAUUCAAUUGAACUACACUCGUGAAGCAUUACAGUUGUUGAAGCAGAUCUCGAAUGUGCAGGAUGUUACAGUGGCUGGCAUUAGCGUUGCCACCAAUUUUCACAGACCGUAUUCCUCAGCCAGCCUAGUUCUGUCAAAGCCGUCAGUUUAAUACAUCGGCUUUCGAGACCAAUAAUACCCACAAUGUAGGUUUUACUCUCCGGUGUGCUGUUGUGUACUGGCAACAGAUUGGCACGUUUUGUUUACGUGACAAAUCUUACUAAUUGGCUGUGUCGGGUGGUGGCGGGUUUAACGACGCAUUUAUAUUUACGCGAUCGAACACAAAACUGUGUCCAACGCACGUUCGACAACAAUAUCACCAGAUAUCCGUACAAAUCAAAGUUCUACGCCCCAAACACGAAUGCCUUGUGCAGGGUUUCUUCAGGACAAGUGCAAAAACAGCGGCAACCCAUAGCUGGCAUUCAUGAACAUCAUAUUUCUAAACAAAAAAAUGUAACCUUGACACAUUUAAUGAACAGAAAUGCAACUGAUUAAAGUAACAUUCAAACGUACAAUAAUUCUUAGAAAGUUUGCCGGAUGUUAACACUGUAUUUGGGUCUUCAAAAAGCCUACGAAAUAGAUCUGAAAGACUAAAUGAUUCGUAAUAUUGAUACGAUUCGUAAUAUUGAUACUUUUCUCUUCCCAGCAUCGUUUGUGUUUUUUUUUACUUACCAAUAUCGUGCGGAUAUAACGUUAUACAUGCUUUAAUUUUUAAUCGUGGCUGACGAGGAAUGAAAGGUCAAGGAGAAUGGGAAAUGCUUGAAUUUUAUUUUAUUUUUUCAAUCACCUCCACCGCUUGUGUAAACACGAAGCACAGGGUGUUUCCCUCAAUGUUAAGAAAUAGCAAUAUUUUACCUGUGAAUUAUCGUUUGUAUAAUGAGAAACGCUGUUUCGGUCUGCUGGAUUUAUCGCCCUGUCGCCUGGGUCAUUGGUUUGGUUUUUGGAAGAAGAAAAAAAACCGAUGGCCUGCAGAGUGCUGUUUUGAGGCCUAAGGACAUGCAGACGCCUGUUUUAAAUUGUUUGUUCAAUUCUAUUGUAAUAAACAUUGUAUUUCAAAUUGUUCGAACCUGUA